GACAGAUCGUCUCAGAAUGCAGUCAACCCAGACCUAUAGAGAGGUUCGAUAGCGUCCUCACCCGAGCGAGAACACGGGAGGAGGUCAGGCAAUGCGCUUUUGCUCAUAUCUGAACCCAAGAAAUGCACUCUCAGGGUCCCCACUUUUAGUACGUGGGCUCCUUUGUCAACCUCUACGUCACUGUGAUGGAACACCUUGUAAGAAGGAAAGAGGCCCCGUCUGAUAUAGUGGCCCAUACCUUUCAUCCCACCAGAGACAGAGGCAGAAAGGCAGGUGGGUCUCUGGGAGCUUGAGGCCAGCCUGGUCAAGGUAAGUAAGUUCCAAGACAGCCAGAAAGCUAUUGUUUCAUGGCCCGCUGGUGAGGCAGAACAUUGUAGCGGGGCACACCCAGUAGACUAGAGGUGGCCUGGAAGUAACACAAAGAGGAAGGGGCAGAGAUUCCAAUACCCCAAAGGCAUGCCCUAGACAUUGUAAUUUCCUGACAAUCGGUUCCUCUUCCCAAAGAUUCUUCCACAAUAUCCCAGUAGUACACUGGCUAGGACCCAAGCCUUAACACAUGAGGCCAUUAAGGGAAGGACAUUCAAGAGGCAAAUCACAACCAUCGCUGCAGUCUGUACAUUGUAAAAGAACCUGACGUACAGGUGGUAGGACCUGAGCAUGUCGGUACUACAUGUUCUGAAACCUCAUCUGGCCCAUCCCUCCUUUCACAGACAAGGAAAGAGAAUUCACUGAAUGUCCCAGGUGACAAGCAAGUCAGCGGUGGCGUCACCGAUAGAAUCCAGUCCAACACACUCCCCGUCACACUGUGCUAACAGAACACUUAGGCCUCCCACUAACCUGGCAUGGGGAUAUUGCUCUGAACUGAUAAGCCAGAGCAGGGGACCCCCCUGGAAACAAAUACCCUCUCUCCAGAGCUGGUUUCCUAAGGUGGACUGCAGGGUUCUCUUUACACAACUUUACUGCUGGCACAUCUCCUUGGUAACAAGCCUGAAGGCUUCCUGCUCUCUAGAGGGCCUGCCAUGGAGGGCAGGAGCGGCCUGAGCAUUAUCCCAAGUGGCCUUGCAUCAUAGCAAUUGGCCCUAAGCUCUGGCCACAGAGUAGCCAGGAUGAAGGCACACCCUUACAGCUCCCAGCAUGCACCAGCUUACCUGGCACUUGGAUGCUUGAUGAGGACUGGCAGCGUGGACCAGAGUUUACACUCAGACUCUUCUUUCCAACUCACCCCAUUCCCUAAGGACACAGCUUAAAAGGAAGGACCCUUGAUUACAGACUUCUCAGAAAGAUCUCAUCAAAGGCACCAUCAAGAGUGGCCUGACUGUGGAGGAACUCAUCAUGACUGGAAUCAACUACCUGGACACCCGCAGCAAUUUCUGGAGGCAGCAGAAACCCAUCUACGCCAGGGAGAGAGACCGGAAGCUGAUGCAAGAGAAAUGGCUGCGGGACCGGAAACGCAGCCCCUCGCAGACAGCCCACUAUAUCCUCAAGAGCCUAGAGGACAUUGACAUGUUGUUGACCAGUGGCAGUGCUGAAGGGAGCCUACAAAAAGCUGAGAAAGUACUUAAGAAGGUCCUGGAAUGGAACCAAGACGAGGUACCCAACAAGGAUGAACUGGUCGGGAACUUGUACAGCUGCAUAGGCAACGCCCAGAUCGAGCUGGGGCAGAUGGUGGCUGCCCUGCAGAGCCACAGAAAGGACCUGGAGAUCGCCAAGGAACAUGACCUCCCAGAUGCAAAAUCGAGAGCCCUUGACAAUAUUGGCAGAGUUUUUGCCAGAGUUGGGAAAUUCCAGCAAGCCAUUGACACGUGGGAGGAGAAGAUCCCUCUAGCCAAAACCACCCUGGAGAAGACCUGGCUCUUCCAUGAGAUUGGCCGCUGCUACUUGGAGCUGGACCAGGCGUGGCAGGCCCAGAGUUACGGUGAAAAGUCUCAGCAGUAUGCUGAGGAGGAAGGGGACCUCGAGUGGCAGCUGAACGCCAGUGUUCUGGUGGCACAGGCCCAAGUGAAGCUGAGGGACUUCGAGUCAGCUGUGAAUAACUUUGAGAAGGCCCUGGAGAGAGCCAAGCUGGUCCACAACAAUGAGGCACAGCAGGCUAUCAUCAGUGCCUUAGACGACGCCAACAAGGGCAUCAUUGAAGAACUUAAGAAAACGAACUACAGGGAGAUACUCAGGGAAAAGGCAGAGAGACAGGACAUCAGUUCACAGAUGGAGUUUUCGGGAGCAUCGGAGAAGGAAACGAGACGAGGUCGAGAAGAGCAGGAGAGGGUGGUGAAGCAGUGGGAGAGGGAACUGGAGAGUGAGAGAGAGGCCACGGAAGAUGAAGAGGGGUCGAAGCAGAGGCUGCUGAGGGUGGAGGAGCAAGACGGAAGCAGCUCAGGACUCACGAGCAGCAAAAUGAUGUUGGGAGACACCCCUUCGACAAGCCAAAUGAUGAGAAGAGAGUCCAGGGAAAUCUACCGAAGGAUCUCAGAGGACUCCACCCAACCAACCCUAGAUGAUAUCAGCCAAAACCAGGAGAAGCCAUCAGAAACAGCCAUGGAGGAGAGGCUGGAGAAAACAGAAGAGGACGAAUCGAAAUCGGAAACUAUUUAACAACUGAGGAAAGGCUGAGGGCUGGCUUAGUGAGCUCGAGGUUCAGGCGGCCAGUGUUCCCAGGUGAGACGUCUGGAUAGGACGAGCUGGGAGACUGACUCCUACAUACCAUACCCCAUGUGCCCCUGCUCCCCCAUUAAAUAUGCGUCUUUCAUUUUUA